AUAGGUGGGUACGAAUAUUCGCCCCAGGUGCCAUGCGAGAAUCGUAAAACGAAAGCAAUAGUAAAUAAUGAAGAUGUCAGACGAUAUUGAUUCAAAUAUCAGUUUGAAUAUCAAUAUAUCAAGCAAGAUAUCGUCUCAGCUGGACUCUAGAAACCGUAUUAAAGGAAACAGGGGUCAAAGAAUUAAAGCAAGAAAGUCAUUGAAGGAGUUCAAAAAGAAGCAUGGAACAUCUUAUGUACCAGAACAUCAGUCUGCAGAACAUGAUAACAGUGUUACCCAGAUAGAACAAAGAGCUAUAAAAAAGAUCGGCAACUUGAAAGGCAUAUAGAGCAAAUCUCGCCAAAAAAAACGUGACAACUGAAUGAGAUCUCGUUUACCGGAAGUGAUGCGUUCUCCACGUGCCAUUUUGUAUGCGAAAGAAAUUAUUCAUCGUCAGUGCAAGGUGAAGAAAGCAGGAAGUUGACAGAGUAUAAUACAGAACAAAAACUUGAAAAACAUAAAAAGUCAGGAAUUGUGAUCUCAUCCUUGUUCUCCCACAAUCCAGAUAUCCCAGCUGUUAAAAGUUGCCAUGUUACCCAGGUGAAGGAAGAUUUAUUUUCAUCAGACUGUUUUCAGGAUGCACCUUUACACCCAUAUAUGAAAAGUAAUCUAGAGAAAUUAGGUUUUACCAAAAUGACAGCUGUUCAACACCAGACGAUACCACUUCUUGUCAGUGGCCGUGAUCUGCUGGUUAAAUCACAAACUGGCUCAGGUAAAACCAUGGCAUAUGUGAUACCUAUUGUAGAGAAGUUAUGCACGCUGUCUCCAAAACUUAAGAGAUCUGAUGGAUGCUUAGCCAUUAUCAUAGUGCCAACUCGAGAGUUGGCUUUGCAAAGUUAUGAUGUAUUUGUCAAGUUGUUAAAGCCAUUCACUUGGUUAGUGCCAGGAUGCAUCAUGGGUGGGGAAAAAAGAAAGGCAGAAAAGGCAAGGUUACGGAAGGGUAUAAAUAUAUUGGUGGCCACUCCAGGUCGACUCCUAGAUCACAUAGAAAAUACACAGAGUCUGCUACUAGACAAGAUAAAAUGGCUAGUGCUGGAUGAGGCUGAUAGGUUGUUCGAUCUUGGGUUUGAAGAAAAAGUUUCUAAAAUAGUACAAGCUAUAAAUAAACAGAGCUUGGAAAGACAGACGGUACUUCUCUCAGCAACAUUAUCUCAAGGUGUUGAAAAGUUGGCUGGUAUGUCAUUAAAUAAUCCACAGAAAGUUUCCAUCACAGAAAGUAGCCCAGAUAAUCCAUUGUCAGUUAAAUCAUCUAGCAAUGCUUCUGGCAAACAUCACACAACAGUGGAGGACCUAUCUAAACAAGAAAACAAAGAAGUGUUUGCAUUACCCAAAAGUUUGAAACAGUAUUUUGUAGUAACACCAUGUAAACUACGACUUGUUGUGUUGCUGACACUGAUACUCACAAAAUGCAAGAGAGAACUACAAAAGAAGAUGAUUGUAUUUACAUCAACACAGGAUGGUGUGGAAUUUUUGUACAGACUGGUUCAGCAUCUCAGUAAAUAUCCUAGUACUGGAAGUGAUGUGGAAGAUUCAGAUUCAGAAAAUAGAACCAGUCUAGAUGUAUACCAUCUGCAUGGUGACAUGACACAGAAGGAUAGAACAGCAACAUUUCAUGAUUUCUGCAGUGCCAAGUCUGGUGUAAUGCUGUGUACAGAUGUUGCUGCCAGAGGUCUACAUCUGCCAUUUGUACAGUGGGUGAUACAAUAUACUUGCCCUGCUGGUGUCACAGAGUAUGUUCACAGGGUUGGUAGAACUGCUAGAGCUGGAACAACUGGUAGCACUGUCAUGUUUCUUUUGCCAUCAGAAAUAGAGUUUGUGCAACAUCUAAAUGGAAACAACAUUAGUAUUGAAGAGUUAAAGCUUGGUAUGGUACUAGAAGAUGUAACAAAAUUACUGCCCAGUCUUCCAGGUGUAGAAGAAACACAGAGACAAGCUCCAAGAACAGUAGAAGAGGCAGCAACCUAUCUACAGAACUGCUGUGAAUUGUAUGUGAAGAAUGGAAAUGAUAUGGAUAGCCUUGCAAAGAGAGCCUUUCAGUCAACAAUACGUGCUUAUGCCACAUACCCACAUAACCUGAAGUCAGUAUUCCAGAUACGAAAUCUUCAUCUUGGCCAUACUGCCAAGACAUUUGGUUUGAGGGAAGCACCGUCACAUAUUGGACAUGUUAGUGGCUUGAAUUCUGGCAGUAGAAAACGUAAACAUACAGAACAGGAUCACAGAUCAAAAAUGAAGAUGAAAAAGCUGGAUACAGUCUCAGAAUAUAAAAGUCCUCUAGUUUUCACCAAAGAUAAGAAAGUUUCAAAUAGAAAAAGACAGAAAAAUGUCAAGAAAAGGCACUGAGUUUUAUUUUUUGUCGAGCCUGCUUGUGUUGAGCUCGAUAUAGUUGUAACUUAUGGUGGGUCAGUGUAUGUACGUGCGUGCGCCCGUGCGAUUUUGUCCAGACCAUAACUUUGACAUGCAUAAACCAAUCAUGUUUAUAUUUGGCAUGAAUGUUUACCCCAAUGAGAAGGAGUGCCAUGCGCAAGGUCACAGUUGUAGGUCAAAGGUCAAACUGAAGUUUGUCCAGAGCAUUUCUUUUUCAUGCAUGGUGGGAUUUUAAUGUAACUUUGCAUGAAUGUUCACCAUUAUGAAACGGAGUGUCAUGCACAAGAACCAGGUCCCUAGGUCUAAGGCAAGGGUCACACUUAGAGGCCGAAGGUGCUGGUGGGCUCGACAUUCUGCCCUGAGCAUGCAGAAUGUAUUUUGUUGUUAUUUGAAAUAAAUGUUAUCACCAAGUUAUCUUUGAAAUAAAUUUAUUAUAAUA